AUGUGCCAUGCAGGGUCUGGACACGCACCUUUCACAGCUGGAUUCUGCUUUCCAACUCAAAGAGGACAAGUGCAAUCCUCACCACGUUUCUCUGGCUUAUCGGACGAGGCUGGGUGUUUCCCGCAAAAAAUCGAGCCAAGUGGUGGUGCUCUAGAUUUUCUGUGCCUCUGGUUUUUCCCUGCACGCUUGUCUAAACUGCAUGCCCAUCUCUUGCUUUAUGCCGCAUUAUUUUUGCUCCGACGAGAUGAGUUGGCGUUUGGUCGAGGUGCCGCGGCGAUAUUUUGGCCCGGCGUUUGUCUUUUUUGGCAAAUUCUGGCCCUUUGGCCGGACGGCCGUCGAGCUUUGUUCGUGAUUGCUUUUCCAUCCCAGUUCGGCAGGUGCGCACAUUCACCGACUGACACAUUUUUGAUGGACAACACGUUCUUGGUAUUCUGCAGGAUGCUGGCCACUUUGGCCAAUGAAACGAACCCGAAAAGAGGUAUUUUUGGCGUAGUAUUAUUAAACGUGGACAGAAAGGAGGGCUGGGGUUCCGCUCUUACUGCAUACUUUGGUGCUGCCCCGUUUAUCAGGAAAACGGCAAAACCUAGGUCCAAAUCAGACUUUGACGUCUGUCAGUCAUCACGAAAGUCCCCAUUGGGUAAUGGUGGAGGCUCAUAA